AUGAUGGAAAUCAUUUGCGGGAAAUGUGCGCUAAAGCUACACCCCAUAUCGGCAUUUGUGUUUCUAAUACUUUGUACGGGCCUCCUGCUUUUAUAUGAGGAGGGAUAUCAAAGAGAUAUACUGGCAAACAGUCCGAAACAUAUCCCUGGUCCUUCUGAUCAAUUUAUUUAUUCAAACUCUAAUGGAAAGCAGGGUUCAGAGGUUGUUACCAUGCAGACAAGGAAGUCGUCUUCAGUGAGAAAAGUGAAACCUUUAAACACAACCAUGAAAUCCACUAAACAAGCUCCCAUCGUGUCUUCAAAAGCCGCCAGUAAAAGCCUCGUUAAAGGAGUAUUAACCAUGACUCCGGUGAUGCACGAAUGCCUGAAUGCCAAGGCGCCACCAAAUGAUAAUUAUCUUCGUGAUGCCCUUCUGCUUGGGAAGCUGCCCUCUAAGACCGAGAUGUGUGUAAUGUCUGUGGCACAUCUAGACACCUUACUGCAAGCAUACAUGAAUACUAUCCAGAUAUUGUGUGGAAGUAGUAUGGUAAGAAUGGGCGCCAGACGAGACGGUGGCUGGGAUGUCUGUCCUAACGCACGCUAUCUACAAAAGGACAAUUGUCUCGUAUAUUCCUUUGGUAUAAACAACGACUUCAGUUUUGACGAUGCUAUAGCCCGGGAUUAUGGCUGUAAAGUACACUCAUUUGACCCAAGCAUGAAAAAAAGUGAUCACAUACGGAGCCAGAAGCCGUUCGUGUCUUUCCAUGCUACUGGGUUAUCUAACUUUAACGGUACAAGCAGUGACAGGCAUCGUUGGAAGAUGAGGACAUUAUCUGGUAUCCGACAUGAACUAGGCCAUAAGGUUAUGCCAGAUGUAUUGAAGAUGGACAUAGAAUUCUCUGAAUGGAACGCACUACCAGAUAUACUACAUAAAACGCCUGUAAACCAACUACCAAAACAGCUGAUUGCAGAAUUCCACUAUUUUGUAUUCAAGACGGAUCUCAAAACUCAUUGGCUCAAAGUAUUAUUUACUUUCAGAGAUUUGUAUGAAGUAGGCUAUCGAAUAGCAUGGAUUUCCAGAAAUAUCGAUGUUAAUUGUAUCAAAAAGUCUAAAUCAACAGGUGCAAUGUAUUAUUUGUGCCACGAAGUAACAUUUCUUAAAGAAAAUAUUGCUUGA